AUGGGUGCUCAGAUCCUCACAGCAGUUCUACAGCUGCACCAUCGAGAGCAUCUGGACUGGCUGCAACACCACUGCUUGGCAUCCGACCUCAAGGCACUACAGAGGGGGAAGUCCUAUGUGUUUGACCGGGUGUUCCCCACCAACACAACACAGGAACAGGUGUACAACACCUGCGCCAAGCAGAUAGUCAAAGAUGUUCUGGGGGGAUACAAUGGCACCAUAUUCGCCUACGGACAGACCUCCUCUGGAAAGACUCACACUAUGGAGGGCAAGCUUCAUGACCCACAUGGGAUGGGGAUCAUCCCCAGAAUUGCAGAGGACAUCUUCAAUCACAUAUUCGCCAUGGAUGAAAACCUGGAGUUCCACAUUAAGGUGUCCUAUUUUGAAAUUUACAUGGACAAAAUCCGGGACCUUCUGGAUGUGACGAAGACUAACCUGGCAGUACAUGAGGACAAGCACAGGGUUCCCUAUGUGAAGGGCUGCACUGAGCGUUUUGUCUCCUGCCCAGAGGAGGUGAUGGAUGUUAUUGACGAGGGAAAAGCCAACCGCCAUGUAGCUGUCACCAAUAUGAAUGAACACAGCUCCAGGAGUCACAGUAUCUUCCUGAUCAACAUUAAACAGGAACACGUGGAGACAGAGCAGAAACUGUGUGGGAAGCUCUACCUAGUGGAUCUGGCUGGGAGUGAGAAGGUCAGUAAGACAGGAGCAGAGGGAGCUGUGUUGGAGGAAGCUAAGAACAUUAACAAGUCACUGUCUUCCCUGGGCAACGUCAUCUCUGCUCUGGCCGAAGGAAAUAAGACCCACGUUCCGUACCGUGACAGUAAGAUGACCCGUAUCCUGCAGGACUCUCUAGGGGGAAACUGUAGAACCACCAUGUUCAUCUGCUGCUCUCCAUCCAGCUACAACGACCAGGAGACCAAGUCCACACUCAUGUUCGGACAACGAGCUAAGACCAUCAGGAACAAGGCCUCGGUCAACCUGGAGCUGACAGCAGAACAGUGGAAGAAGAAGUACGAGAAGGAGAAGGAGAAGAACAGGGUGAUGAAGGAGACGGUCCAGAGACUGGAGGCUGAGCUGAACCAAUGGAGAAACGGGGAGGCGAUACCCAGAGAUGAUAGUUCCUCUUCCAGUCUGAGUCGACUCCCCAGAGAAGACAGUUCCUCUUCCAGUCUGAGUCGACUCCCCAGAGAAGACAGUUCCUCUUCCAUUGUGAUCAGGAUUUCAGAGGAGGAGAGACAGAAGUACGAGGAGGAAAUACGCAAACUCUACAAACAGCUGGAUGACAAGGACGAUGAGAUCAACCAGCAGAGUCAGCUGGUAGAGAAGCUGAAGGAACAGAUGCUGGACCAGGAAGAGCUCCUUGCCUCAUCCCGUGGUGACAGUGAGAAGGUGUCUGGGGACCUUGGCAGGCUGCAGAUGGAGAGUGAGGUUGCCAAGGCGGAGGUCAGGGAGGUUCUGCAGGCCUUGGAGGAGCUGGCUGUUAACUACGAUCAGAAGAGCCAGGAGGUGGAGGACAAGAGCCUGCAGAACAAACUUCUGGCUGAGGAAUUGGCCAAGAAAAUGGCCCACCUGAUGCGUAUCGAGGCGGACUUGUGUCGUCUACAGGAAGUGAGUGUUCAUCAGAGGAAACGCAUUGCUGAGGUUCUCAACGGCCUGAUGAGGGACCUUUCUGAGUUCAGCGCUAUCGUGGGCAACAAGGACAUCAAACUGCCGAUGGAGAUAACGGGGGCGAUCGAGGAGGAGUUUACAGUAGCUCGUCUCUACAUCAGUAAGAUCAAGUCAGAGGUCAAGUCCAUGGUGAAACGCUGUCGUCAGCUAGAGAACCUUCAGAUGGAGUUUCAUAGGAAGAUGGAGGAGACUGGAAGAGAGCUGUCCUCUUGCCAACUACUCAUCUCACAGCAUGAGGUGAAGAUCCGCUCCCUGACAGAGUACAUUCAGAACGUAGAGCAGAAGAAGAGCCAGCUGGAGGAGAACGUUGACUCUCUGAGUGAAGAACUGGACAAACUGCAGGCUCAAGAGAACAUGUCAGCAGGGACAAAGGGAGAGAAUCAGACAGACGUUGAGGAGUCUGCUGAUGUCAAGAUGGAGGCUCACCGUGAGACCCACCACAAGCAGCUGGGACGUCUCCGAGACGACAUCAACGAGAAACAGAAGAUCAUUGACGACCUCACUGAUCGUAACUGUCGUCUUCAUCUGGAGUUGGAGCAUCUGAGGAGCGACUUUGACCGUCUCAUGAGACAGGAGCACCAGAAGAGUCUGCAACUGGAGGAGCUGACAUUUCUUUAUGAACGCCACGAGCAGUCUAAGCAGGACCUUAAAGGGCUGGAGGAGACUGUCGCUCGUGAACUCCAGACUCUCCACAACCUGCGGAAGCUUUUUGUUCAAGACCUCACGAUUCGAGUCAAAAGACAUGCAGAGAUGGAGCGAGAUGAUAGCGGGGGAUCUAGCCACCAAAAGCAGAAGAUUUCCUUCCUUGAGAACAACCUGGACCAGCUUACAAAGGUUCACAAACAGUUGGUACGUGACAACGCAGACCUGCGUUGUGAGCUUCCGAAGCUUGAGAAGCGUCUUCGGUCUACGGCUGAGAGAGUGCGGGCAUUGGAGGGUGCACUGAAGGAGGCUAAGGAGGGGGCUAUGAAGGACCGGAGACGCUAUCAACAGGAAGUAGAGAGGAUCAAAGAUGCUAUGAGGGUCAAGAACCCCCUACGCAGGCCGCACGCCGCUCAGAUAGCCAAGCCGGUCCGUCCGGGCCAGUUCCCGCUCUGCUCUCCCACCAACCCCUGGGUCCGUAUUACUGAACAGCAACACUCCAUCCAUUUUAGUAAUGCCAUGUUUCAGAUGCCCAGUCUGACCCCCAGCCAGAUAGCCAGUCAUCAUGCUGCAUCCCCAGCAACAGCCCCUUACUUCAAACCCUCCCAGAGCAGGGACCAGUCCAACAAUCACAACUCCACUGAGUCCAACAUGCCCCAGACCAACAAGUCCAACAUGCCCCAGACCAACAAGUCCAACAUGCCCCAGAACAACAAGCUGCCAGAUGAGCCAGUCAACAGCCCCACAGUGGACAACAGCCCCACAGAGGACAACAGCCCCACAGUGGACAACAGCCCCACAGUGGACAACAGCCCCACAGUGGACAACAGCCCCACAGUGGACAACAGCCCCAUAGUGGACAACAGCCCCACAGAGGACAACAGCCCCACAGAGGACAACAGCCCCACAGUGGCCCCACAGAGGACAGCCCCACAUCCCACAGUGGACAACAGCCCCACAGUGGACAACAGCCCCACAGAGGACAACAGCCCCACAGAGGACAACAGCCCCACAGUGGACAACAGCCCCACAGUGGACAACAGCCCCACAGAGGACAACAGCCCCAUAGUGGACAACAGGCCUAGAGUGGACAACAGGCCCAGAGUGGACAACAGCCCCACAGUGGACAACAGCCCCACAGUGGACAACAGCCCCACAGUGGACAACAGCCCCACAGUGGACAACAGCCCCACAGAGGACAACAGCCCCAUAGUGGACAACAGGCCUAGAGUGGACAACAGGCCUAGAGUGGACAACAGGCCCAGAGUGGACAACAGCCCCACAGUGGACAACAGCCCCACAGUGGAUAACAGCCCCACAGUGGACAAUACUAUAGUGCAGAACACAACAGAGAAGGACACUAUAGAGAAGGACACUACAUUGAAGAACACUACAGAGAAGGACACUACAUUGAAGAACACUAAAGAGAAGGACACUACAUUGAAGAACACUAGAGAGAAGGACACUACAUUGAAGAACACUACAGAGAAGGACACUACAUUGAAGAACACUAGAGAGAAGGACACUACAUUGAAGGACACUACAGAGAAGGACACUACAGAGAAGGACACUACAUUGAAGAACACUAGAGAGAAGGACACUACAUUGAAGAACACUACAGAGAGGGACACUACAUUGAAGAACACUAGAGAGAAGGACACUACAUUGAAGGACACUACAGAGAAGGACACUAGAGAGAAGAACACUACAUUGAAGAACACUACAGAGAAGGACACUACAUUGAAGAACACUAGAGAGAAGGACACUACAUUGAAGAACACUACAUUGAAGAACACUACAGAGAAGGACACUACAGAGAAGGACACUACAUUGAAGAACACUACAGAGAAGGACACUACAGAGAAGGACACUACAUUGAAGGACACUACAGAGAAGGACACUACAUUGAAGAACACUACAUUGAAGGACACUACAUUGAAGAACACUACAUUGAAGGACACUACAUUGAAGAACACUACAUUGAAGGACACUACAUUGAAGAACACUACAUUGAAGAACACUACAUUGAAGAACACUACAUUGAAGAACACUACAUUGAAGGACACUACAUUGAAGGACACUAGAGAGAAGGACACUACAUUGAAGAACACUACAUUGAAGGACACUACAUUGAAGAACACUACAUUGAAGAACACUACAUUGAAGAACACUACAUUGAAGAACACUACAUUGAAGGACACUACAUUGAAGGACACUAGAGAGAAGGACACUACAUUGAAGAACACUACAUUGAAGGACACUACAUUGAAGGACACUACAGAGAAGAACGCUAGAGAGAAGGACACUACAGAGAAGGACACUACAGAGAAGGACACUACUGCCAACUCUACAGGGACGCUGUAUGUGGACACCUUCAACGGGAACGCCACAGAUAUCAAUUACAACAGCUUGUCUCUGAGUGUCCACUCUGCUGCUGUGUCCAGGAGGGAUGUGCAGCACUGCGACAACCAGAACCAGGACAGCGCAGCCAAGCUGCACCACGUCAUCCAACCAGAACAGGCUACCAGCUAGUGACCCAGCUCCUCACGCGUCCGGUUCUGCCAAGACCGCCCUCAUAAAUCUGCAUGCUGCUGAUCAGUGACCUUCUGAUCUCCAUCUCCUCCCCCUUUCCCAGUAAGACGGUCUCUCUCCCUCUCCUCUCCCCUCUUUC